AUGGGGUCCGUCCAGUACUCAGUGCCUCUACUCUUCCUCAUCCUGGGCCUCUGCUUCAGCCAGAGGGUAGUGACUGUUCAGAAAGGGCCUCUUUACCGGGUGAGAGGUUACAACAUCACCAUUGCAUGCAAUGUGAGUGGCUACCAGGGACCCUCGGAGCAGAAUUUCCAGUGGUACAUUUACCUGCCCUCUGCCCCAAAGCAAGAAAUACAGAUCAUCAGCACCAAGGACCCCUCCUUCUUUUACGCCAUGUAUGCCCAGCGUGUCCGGAGCAAAGAGAUCUAUGUGGAGAGGCUCCAAGGGGAUUCUGUCCUGCUGCACAUCACUGAGCUCCAGGACCGGGAUGCUGGAGAGUACGAGUGCCACACACCCAACACUGAUGAGAGGCACUUCGGGAACUACAGCGCCAAGAUGCACCUGUCAGUGAUUCCAGACACACUCUCGGCCAGUAUGAAGCCCCAGACUCUGGACCAAAUGGAAGGAGAUCCACUGGAGCUUACAUGCGAGGUUUCAAAAUCUACUGCUCAGCACACCCACCUGUCUGUUGGCUGGUACCAGAUAGCCGGAGAUGGUCAAGUCAUGGAAAUCCUUUCCCUGUCCAAGGACUUUGUGUUGUCUCCAGGAUCGUCCUACAGGCCAAGGUUUUUGACAGGGGAUGUGCAGCUGGGCAAGAUUGGAGACACCACAUACAAGCUCUCCAUCAGCAGAGUGAGGCCCUCUGACCAGGGCCGACUGUACUGCGAAGCAGUGGAGUGGAUUCAGGACCCUGAUAAGACAUGGAAAGAUAUUUCUCGGAAACAAACCGAACAGACAUUGCUGACUGUCACAAGCCUUGAAAGAGACUUCCAUGUCAGUGCUGCUGCGAGUGAAAGUUCCCUUGCUGAAGGGAUGCCUUUGCAGUUAAAUUGCCUUGUGAAUGCACAGAACAGCAAGAACAGAUGGUUCCAAGUAAUUUGGCUCUUUAAAGGAGUAGAGGUAGCCAGUAUUGACCCAAAUGGGGUACUUGUCUUGAAGAACGAGUAUGAAGAGAGAGCUAGAUUGGGACAGCUCCAACUGGUCAAGAAAAGCAGUGAAAUGUAUGUCUUCAAUAUCUAUCAGGUAGGGCUGAAGGAUAAAGGCACGUACAGCUGCAAAGUUUCAGAGAUGGAGAAGACGCCUACAGUUUUCCUCACCAUCCGCUCUAAGCUAUCACCGGGCACGGAUGUCAAUGUGAAGCCAAUAGAAAGCAACCUGCAAGUGUCUGUGUUCAGCAAUGCGAAGCAAAUAUGGGAAGGAGACACUUUGAUCUUGCGCUGUGAAGUGAGCGGAGCGAAAUACCCUUUGUCCGUGAACUGGUGGCAUCUGAGAAAGAGUGGAGAUCAGGCAGAACUUGUAGCUGGCAUGGACCAGGAUGGCAAACUGAGCCUGGGCCCCUCCUUCCAGGAGCACAGUGCUCAGGGGGACCUCAGACUAGAAAGGAAAGGUCCUACCACAUUCAUCUUGGCCAUCUACAAGAUUUUAGCCAUCAGUGAUGGAGGACCUUAUAAAUGUGAAGUGACAGAGUGGCAUACUGACAGGAGCUGGAAACAGGCCCAAGAAACCUCUGUAGUGGUUAAUCCUCUGAAUCUGACUGCUGUGUUGACAGCCCGAACAGCAGACAUCAAAUUGACCCAAGAUUUUGAACUCUUCUGCACCGUCUCAGUUGCUGACAAAGCACCCGUAUCUGUCACUUGGCAAUUUCUUCCCACCACAGAGAAGGGCAGCUAUCAGCAACUAGUCAAACUCAUGCCUGAUGGUGCCAUCAAAUGGGGAACUACCACACUGCACUUACAGAAGAAGACCAAACUCUCAAAAUCUACAUCUUCUUUCCAGCUUGUAAUCCACAGUGCCAUGGAGCAGGAUGAGGGGAGGUACAGGUGUGAUGCAGAAGUCUGGAGGAAAAGCUCAUUCCCAGCAGGACUUCCAGCUGCUGCAGUGAUGUCUAACGCCGUGGCAAUAAAGGUUAAUCCACCAGAAAGCAAGCUAAAACUAGACACACAGAAAAAAUCCCUAGAGAUCUCUGGAAGCACAGCUGCAGAAAUCGAAUGCAGAGUCCUAUCACAGACGCAGAGGGAUUCUCAGUUAACAGUUGCCUGGUACUUCCUACAACCUCCUCCAGCAGAUGCAGCCCCACUCCGGAUCAUGAGGACAAACCUCAGCAACAUUGUUGACUAUGGGACAGAGUUCAGCUCUCCACUGCAGAAAUCCAGAUUCUACAGUGAGAGGGUCUCUAAUGACCUAUUCAAGCUACAUAUUCUGUCUGUGAAUCACGGUGACCAUGGCAGGUAUUACUGUGUCGUGGAGGAGUGGCUCUGGCUGGCUGGUAGUGGCUGGUACAAAUUCGGAGAGAAGGAAUCAGAGAAGACCACACUGGAAUUCAAGCUUUCAGAAAAUAAACUGCAUGUUGAAAAAACAAACCACACCAUCUCAUCUAUAGAAAAUGAGGAUGUGACCAUGAACUGCAUUGUGCAGAGCUCAGACGAACAAGCAUCUCUCUUGUCUGUUGUCUGGUUUUACAAGUCCAAGCACUCUGGGAGAAAGCCCCUUGUGAAGGUGCAUCACAAAGGCAUGGUGGACAUUGUCCAGAAGAAUAUGGCAGGGAGGCUGCAGUUUCUCCGCCCAUCCUCUGGUGACUUCAGUCUCGUGAUGAGGAAUGUGGAGCUGAGUGACAGUGGUGUGUACUACUGCCAGGUGGAAGAAUGGGUGUACAAGAACAGCAAUGGAGCUUGGGUUCAGCAGGCCUCGGAGCUAUCAGGGUACACAAGUCUGACAGCACUUUCUCCAGAUGCUAACCUGCAGGUGCAUGCGAGAGACUCAGCAGUUGUGCUACAAGAGGGCUGGGAGAAAGACGUCCACCUAGACUGCAAUUUCACUUCCAAGCUGAACAGCAGUAGCAGCACCACCUUCUCUGUCAGGUGGUGGAGAGUGACUGGAGCAGGAAGGGAAGAACUAUUCAGUAUAAGCCACAGCUCUGUGUUUCAGUAUGGCCCUGCCAUCAACAGCAGUGUCAGGACCCGGCUGAGGUUUGAGAGGCCCGGGGAGCUGCAAUAUAGGCUGAUGCUGCUGAAGCCUGAGGUGUCUGACAGCGGUGAUUAUUACUGUCAUGUGGAGUUGUGGAUGCUUGGUCCUAGGCGAGUCUGGUAUAAAAGGAGUGAAAGGCACUCGGGAAACAACACUGUGUUGAUUCUACCAUCAGAGUCCACAGUUUCUUCCAGGAUCUGUUCAUCACCAUCACUGCUGCAUUUCAUCCUAAGUUUGCCUCUGAUUCUGUUCCUUAUCCUGACUGCUGCUCUACUGUACCUGUAUGUCAAAUUCAGGCAGACUAACAAAGCACCUAUCCGGUCAAAGGAAGAAAGAAGCCUGUGGGUGGAAAUGGAAACUCCUGAAGAUGCCAUGCCGGUGUAUUCUAGUCACAAUAACAAAUGCAGUAACAAUCAGAGGGAGGAAGAGUUGAGUAAACUGAAGGAGGAUGAGAUGGAGUGAGAGCUCAGGGUGGUCUAUGCUGUGCAUCACUACAUGCUAUGACCCCUUCAAUAUGCAUGUUUCCAUUGCAUCACCUUCCAAUGGAAAAGCCAGAGAGUGGCAUGGACUGGACUGGCUGGCUCAGGGAACAGAGACCUGAGUUAUAGUGCUUUUUGUUUCUCUAUCUGCAUAGCUACCCAUAUAUCUUUAUGUUGCUAUCUGUUCAGUAUUCCUCUCCGGUUUGUACUGUCUAAAGGCUGGUGCUACUUGUAAGUCAUGUGGGGCUGGAGCUGCCUGUGCUUCUAAAGGGCUGAGCACGUAGUAUUAACAAACGCAGAAACUGAGCUAUCCCAGAGCCCUACUGGCAGUAUUUCUGCUGCUGUGGAGCUCAUAAUGGGCUGUGCUGAGUCUUUGGAAAGCAGUGUUCACAGCCAGUCAGGCAUGCCCCUGGUUAUGCAGCCCAAGACAGAAGUGCGAGAUCCCAGUGGCUUUAACCUAUAUAUAUUGAGCACACCUAACUUCUCUGUUCACUGAAUGGACACAAUAGGCCCACAGAACUGUAAUGCUGGGAUACGCCCCUCAUAUGAGUGGUGAUGCCUGCUCUACUGGCAGUAAUCCUGCAAUUCCCUGCACUGCAGCUCCUGUCAAUUCUUACUGGAGUGGAAUCAACAGGGCUUCAUUGUUAUAAUAGCCCCCUUAGAACUGCAUUCUUCGAACCACACAGGCCAACCAGUGCUAAAGCUGAAUAAGGAUUUGCAGAUUCAAAGGGCUAGUGCAACUGGAGCUGAGACCCCCCUUUCUUUGAGAUUGCUGGUUCUUGUCCUGAUGCAGGCAGUCUAUGAAAAGUCGGUGCCAUUUGGCAGCUGUUCAUACUGUGCAUAAAGGGAGGGGGGAUAUUAGUCCAUUUGCUGGUGGACAAGCCCAUUCAGCUCCCAAACGCAUUGUCAUGACAUGCUGUAACCUCUACUGUUGUUGCUAGUACACUGUAGUCCCAAGGAAUAAUACACAGUGGCAGGGGAGUGUGUUAACAGGCAUGGCCCUACUGCUGCACCUGUUCUGUUGGUAGGUGGGUUUCUAGGCUUAGUGCCAGAGUAGGAGGUAUGUGAGGGGUCAGUGGUGCUCCCUGUUGGCUGGAUGUUGUUUGAAUAUUUACUGGUGUUUUCACAGCAGGCUAGUGUGAUACUACCACCUGUGAUUUGCAUAUGCAGGCCAGGGCAGGCUCCUUUGCUUGGCAUCAAAUGUGUGCUCGAGGCAUUUCUACACAUCUACUAAAACAUGAGAAAUUGCACCCAAUAUUCAGGAUUUCUCUGUCUCUUCUUGCUACUGCCCCACUUCAGCUUGAUUAGCUGCAGGCCUCCCCUUAUGGCACUUCCUUUAGACGUGGGUUGGGAGGCUUAAUUAAAGCUUCUGAAGUGCUGCAGGGGCCUUUGGUAGAAGAGCCUGGAGAAAUAGUGUCGUGGUGGUUUUGAAUCUCCUGGUUUUGCUGAGCUGAAACCAAACGGGUUUGGCUUUAUUUUAACAGAUUUAAUUUUUUUCCUCCGUGAGUGAACAUAAAAGAAGCUGUGAUUUAUCACUCCUCCCAGAGCUCCAAAGCAUUCCUAUUUUUAAAGAGGACAUUUCACUCAGCUGAAGGGAACAUGUGAGAAGGAGGGGAGGGGGACUUGUUUUCCGCUGAAGCUCUUCUUGACACGGUAAUGGCAAGAGGGACAAAAAACACCUUAGUGCCUCCCUUUUCCCUGGACCCAGCUCCUGGUGUGAAUUUGAGCAGAAGAUAGAAGUUGAGUUGCAAUCACCCCUUAAGGAACGUAGAUGCCCCCGCACAACAUCUCCUCCUCUAAGCUAUACCCCUACCAUGUCCUUUUUCUGCUCCUUUGGGAAUCCCCUCUGCUAGUGGCAAUUUAUGGUGAGCAGAUUCAUGGCAUUUAUGGUCUUUUUCCAU